AAAACAAAAUUUCUUCUCCGCUGAACACAGAACACAAAACCGCCCUUUGUGAGGCAGAUCAGACCCAGAGGCCGCUGUCGAACCUCAAAACCUUAAAAAUUCUUGUAAUUUUUGUUAUUCCCCGUUCUUUUAUUUUGGAAUCUCGGCGUGGGGUCUUCGUCAAUUUCGUGUGUAGUUGUUAUCUGUCGAAACGCAGAGGGGGAGAGAAGGCUCGGCGAUUUUUUUGUUUGUUUUUUCUUAAUGAAAUGAUCGAGAAGGGAAGAAAUUUUCAGGAUCCUCGAAAUCGACUGCGAGUAGUGAGGAGUUUCUGAUCCUUCUGCCGUGUGCUUGUUCUUUUCCCAUGGCGAAACGGGUCUACGAAGCCUGGAAAGGAAGUAAUAAGUUCAUCCUCGGUGGGAGAUUGAUAUUUGGGCCAGAUGCUAGGUCAUUGCCUUUUACUUUGCUGCUGAUCAUAGUUCCAGUUAUUCUAUUCUGCGUAUUCGUGGCUAGGCAUCUACGCCAUGAAUUCUCUCCGUACAGUGCAGGGUACGCAAUAUUGGUGGUAGCGAUUCUAUUUACUAUCUAUGUAUUGAUUCUCCUCUCCCUCACCUCUGCUCGUGACCCCGGUAUCAUUCCACGAAAUUUACAUCCGCCAGAGGAAGACCUACGCUACGACACAACGGUAUCAGCAGAUGGAAGGCAAACACCCAGUGUCCAAAUUCCUAGGACGAAAGAAGUUAUGGUCAAUGGCAUUUCUGUCAGAGUGAAAUACUGCGACACAUGUAUGCUUUAUCGGCCUCCUCGUUGCUCCCAUUGUUCCAUUUGCAACAACUGUGUCGAGCGCUUUGACCAUCAUUGCCCGUGGGUGGGCCAAUGCAUUGGACUCAGAAACUAUCGGUACUUCUUCAUGUUUGUUUCUUCGGCAACCCUUCUCUGCAUCUAUGUGUUCUCGAUGUCAGCUUUGUACAUCAAGAUCCUGAUGGAUCAUAACCGUGGUACUGUAUGGAGCGCCAUGAGAGAAUCACCUUGGGCAGUUAUGCUGAUGAUAUAUUGCUUUGUCGCCUUGUGGUUCGUCGGUGGCCUUACGGGGUUCCACUUGUACCUCAUAAGCACGAACCAGACAACCUAUGAGAACUUCCGCUACAGGGCGGACAGCAGAAUCAACGUGUACAACCUUGGUUGUCCGAACAAUUUCCUGGAAAUCUUCUGCUCCAGGAUCAAGCCUUCCAGGAACAAGUUCCGAGCUUUCAUCCAAGAAGAACCACCGAGGGUUAUCUCUUUUCCUACCGGUCGGGAAGCGGCAGCCGAAGCAGAUGAAGAAUCCGGAACUCGGCGUCAGAAGGUGGAAGACGAUCUAGACAUCGGGGAAGAUCUCUUGAAAAUCUCUCAGCGUUGUAACCCGGAAGAAAUCAACGAGGAUUUACGCAGCAGAGGCGGCAGCAACGAUCUUCCUCACCACGUCGUGGACAUGGACCAAUCCAUUCUCGGCUCUUCUGACCAGAGAGCCCCCACCAUAAGAUCAGAAACUCGGCAUGGGAGCUGGGGAAGAAGAAGCGGGAGCUGGGAUAUAGAACCGGACUCGAUAGCGAAUCCCACAACGGUUGGCGAGAAGAACAAAAGCUACGCAGCUGCAAAGGAAGGGCGGUGAUGAUCAGAUUCAGCCAUUGAUAACAGGUAAAUUUAUGCAAGAUUCUUAUUUUUGGGUUUUUUUUCUCUCUCUUGUUCUUGCUGCCCUUUCUUCUUCUUCUUCAGAUGUGAUUUUGGUGUUGGGGCUUUAUGAACAUUUUAAACGUGGAAGGAACCGAAAUGAGACAAGACACUUGUUGUUGGAUUUGGAUGUGUCUUUCAUCAGUUCAUGUAAUGUUGGAAGUAGAGAGGAGAAAGCACAGUUGGUUUGUUUUUCCUU